GCCAAUUAGGUUGGCCAAUAAGCUUGUUGCAAAAGUAUCGUGUUGGACUGAACGAAUACGAAAAUAAAAAGCACGCAAUAUUUUUACGCUUGUUUGUAUGCGAUGAUCUUUAUGCACUACGAAAUGAAUAUCAAAUGAAUAUUACAUAUGUAUGUUUAUACAAAUAGAUCGAGUGGUUAUUUUGUGAAACAUUUCUACAUUUCGUCGACGAAGAAAGAAGGAGGGAGAAGUCUUGAAAACAAGGAUUAAAAUAAACGUAAUUUUCCUUGAAACAUUUACCUCGAUAGUUUCCUCCUUUUAUUUCCUCCUUUUAUCGAGAAUGAUUCAGUGUCGGUGCGAGUGUUGACGGUGUAGCCGGUCGUGCAACACCGAUAAGUUUAUUAUUUUCAUUGUGUAAAAGUGAAAAAAUAGGAGUAAGUAUAUUAAGAAUGGCGAGAUUUGAUGAAGACAUGUACUUGGAACGUAUUCCAAUGCCUGUGUACAGAGAAUUGGUUUAUGAAUUGAACAAAAAUUCGAAUUGGAAAAUACUGGCCUGUCACUUGGCUGAACAACUUGGAUAUUCACGUAACUCAUGGCUGCAGUCACUGCAACAAAAUACCAGUUCCACCAAAACACCAGCAGAAAAUUUGCUGUUUGAGUUAAAUAUAAAAAUGUGUACAAUUGGUAUAUUAUGUACAUUACUUAAAGACUGCGAACUUGUUAAUGUCCUAUCAAUUUUAUAUCAUCCAGAGCCAUUGGCAAUUGUCAAACAUCCAUCCGAUGAUACAGGACGUGACAGAAUAGAAUUAUCCUUCGACCAGCACCUACGUCUUUCUUGUAAAGCUACUGGUAUACCAUUACCAACUUAUAAAUGGUAUCACAAUGAUACUGAGCUAGAAGAACAGCAAAGCCAUGAGCUUGACAUUAUUAUAACUAGUUCCAGUCAAGCUGGGGAAUAUAAGUGUAAAGUCUCACAGAUGACUAAUGAAAAUAUAAUUUCUAUGUUAUUGACCAAAUCAGUUUUUCUAAGUCUAUCUCCUGUGCCUGUAGUUGUACAGCAACAACCACCUGCUCUUCUAGAGAUUAAAGAAGGACAAGAUUUUACAAUUAGUUGUACAGUGCACAGUCAUCCUGAACCAUGUUACCAGUGGUUCAGAGAUAAUACAAGACUAGAAGGAGAAACAUCCAGUGUAUUACAUAUAAAACAAUUUAAUUCUAAAUUUGAAGGAAAGUAUUACUGCUACAUAACUAACAGUGUCAGUGAAGUUUUUACUCAAAGAUGUCAUGUACUGAUGGAUUUACCUCGUGAAAAGGCAGUUGCAAAAAUAGCUUUAAUUAUCGCGAAUGGUGAUUAUGAAAAUCAUAAAUGCCUGAAGACCCCUAAAAAUGAUGCUGCAAAAAUUGGUAACCUCUUGAAGGAGAUUGGUUUUAAAGUGAUUUGCUUUAUGAAUUUAUCUUUCGAGCAAAUGAGAAAAGCUAUGAAAAUAUUUAGUGAUGUUUUAACAGAAGGCGUGUAUGGAUUAUUCUAUUAUGCCGGACAUGGUUUUAAAAUGCAAGAAAGUUAUAUGCUUGCUGUCGAUGCACCAGAAUCUUAUUUAAGGAAAGAUGCAAUUUGCGAGAGUGAAUUGUUAGCUAUGUUGUUGCAAAAUGAUCCUGCUCUUUUAGUAACAAUACUGGAUAUGUGUCAAACUGUACCGCCAAAAGAAUGCAAUCCCGAUAUUCAUAAUGAAAUACCAAAAGUCAAGGAAUUUAAGAGCAGGAAAAAUCUACGAAAUUUAGUACAAGCGUACUCCACAUCUAGUCAUCGUCCUAGUUAUGAACGAAUAAACAGCAAAUAUGGAUUGUACGCGACUCAUCUAAGCAAAUACAUCAGUAAAGAUAUUCCAGUUACAAAAAUAUUUGAAGAAGUAGGAAAAUCAAUAGAUAUCUGGUUAAAAGGAACAGAACGUAACCAAAUACCAAUGUUUGCGUUAACCAUUACCAAACCUUUUCGUCUCACUGAUGCAAUUUAUAAAAGAAAUCCGUCAUUCGCGCUGAAUAAUUUGAAUAAAUUAGUAACCUUCUCAACGAAUUCUUUUGAAAUAAACUUCAAGCAGGCUGCUAUCUCAGCGAAAGUUACAAUCUCAUUAUUUAUGGAACCUUACUUAAACAUAAUCAAGGUUUCAGUAUGUAAUUUAGAGGAUCUGGAAGUAAAUUUUUUUAAUUCUGUACCUACAAAACAAAAUAACUUGUUUCAAACUGCAUUAAAGCAAGAAUGUUGGAUAUGUAAUCCACAAAUGUGUCAGGGACCCUUGGUUGUAUCUGUUUCAAAAAAUGGAUCUCCUAUUGGCGCCACAUUAUUACAUAUUAAAAAUUAUAUUCCAUUAAUAUUGGAAAAUAUUAACAGCUAAUAUAUAUAUAUAU